GCUUUACUCUCUCUCAUGGACAACGUCCGAAUUGCAUUUCAUUUGCCUUGUGGCUGCGAAUUCUCGUUUCGUACUCACUCCCGUGAAAUCCUCCUCGCUGGCCUUACUCUUGAUCCCCUCAUAUUGGACAAGUCUAAAUUACAUUCCUCUUCCACAGCGCUGUCGGUGCCCUCACCCAAAUGGAUUGAAAUCAAUGUGAGGCGCUCGUCCUGCCCAGCAAAUCAGAUAGCACAGUUACUCAUCUGCUUCUUGGUCCAUCUACUUGCUCAACUGAUUCAGCCUCUUUGGAUUGUCUCGAUCCCAACUUUGCUAUUCUCAGCCAGUGUGUUCAGGCGAUUCCACAACUCUAUCAUCGAAGAAAGCUUACUCGUAGCGGCCGACUUUGGAAUUCAGACGCGUGUUCGCUUCUCUUCCGGUCGGCAGUCAUCCUCUCGUUUCAUCCCCAUCGACUGCCUUCGUGGUAUCCUAUUAAUGGAUCGGGUCACUCCGUUCACAGUCACGCCGUAUUUAGCAGCAGAAUUGGAGACACCUACACUACUUCGAGAUGCUGUCGACGCGACGGAAAACAGGAAGCCAGAACGAACACUGUUUCCCCUUUUGCCCACCCAUAUCACACAUGAUGGCAAGCAAUUCUCCAGUCAUGUAUGCUUACCUCUUCCUACCUUAGUUUUUGUGUACCGGUUAAUAUAUUUGGUGUGCUGCCCAACUCGGUUGGCAUCUGCGGUCGAAUCACGCUUCCCUAAUACUCAGACUGUUUGAAUUCCUAUUCCUUCUCUUCAACUUUCUAUCCACGUGUUGUGGUGGUUUCUUAUUCCCGGUGACCUCUGCUUCCCCUCAGUGAAUAAAAUAGACACAACUUACUGAUCCCACUCCCGAGUUCGAGCUGUAGUAAUUUCUCAAACAAUUAGGCCUGGAAGAAAUGCAUGG